AGUCACAGCAACUGAACGUCAUACAAAUUCUGUACAAAUUUCUUUGAGACUCACUUCUCUCUACAGCUUUUUAACAUGCCAAGUACCGCCACGUAAAACAGAAGUAAAUAAUAAAAGUGAAAUUAAGUGUUGAAGGUUGAGGGAAGGGGACCGGCAUCACUUCUCUCACCAUUCUACAAAUAGUUGGUAUAUCCACUCCCACCAUGGCCGGGGCUCUCAUGAAGAAAGGGUUGGAUAUCCUCAAGAGUAAAGAAUUUAGGGGUUAUUUUAUGAGCACACACUUCUGGGGACCUGUUGCAAAUUGGGGAAUACCUAUUGCUGCCAUUGCUGAUACUAGAAAACCUCCAGAAAUUAUAAGUGGAAAAAUGACAAUUGCACUCUGCUUGUACUCGGCAAUAUUCAUGAGGUUUGCUAUUAAGGUCAUACCAAGGAACCUUCUACUCUUCAGCUGUCACUUCACUAAUGAAACGGUACAAAUUAUACAGGGUUGUCGUUUGAUACGGUACGAGUUCUUGGGAGGGAAGGAAGCUACGCAGAAAGAAGCCGCUGAUACCACAACAGUCGCCGUGUAAAUAGCGUGUACAGUAUAUAUAACUAGUAAUCUUCGGUGUCUUGAUUAUUAAUUUCUUCAAUUACUUACUCCCUGUUGAAGAAGUUUUAAGUUGUUAAGUUUAUCUGUGAUGGGUGUAGAACGUAACUAAUUUUGGUGGUAAAAUUUAAUGCACAGUAAUACUAAGUGCAGUAAUAGUUGUUUGUAUCAGGUUAAGAGUAUGCUAAAUUAUGUAUUGUAUUCUGGCUUGUUUUUCAGUUUUCCUCUGUACUACACUAGUUAGUAUGCUGUACAUUGAUAAAUUUUGUAAUAUAAAUCUUGUUAACAUAUAGUCUGUAUAUUUGUUGAUGUAAAUACUGUAUGAUGGUGUAGCUAUUGUAGGUGCAAGGGUAAAAACUUUAUCCACAGUUAUUUGUGCACUUGUAAACAUUUCAUAACUCUUCCAGCAUUAACAGAGCUAUUAUAUGUGGGAUAAUUACUUGCAUUACAGUACAGAAAAAGCAUAACUGUGUUUGUAGAUGAUAUAACCUGUACUUAUUGAUUACUAAUUCUAGGUAAUGUUGAAGUGUGGGUAGCUUUUAAUAUAGUCAAUUCCACAUGUUAUUUUGUAUGGGAUUGUACUGUAGAAGAUGCAUAAGAUAUACAUAUAUUAAU